AGGUCUGGAGAACAUGACCGUGUGCUGGUGGCCUUCAGUUGAUGAGGAAGUUGACCAAUAUUACAUCCGGCUCCGUCCACACACAAAUCAGGCCCUAACUAGAGAAUUCUUGGUUAACGGCUCCACCUGCAUCUCUCUUACGCAACUCAGAGCAGGUGGGACGUAUGAAGUGGACGUGGCUGCAGUGAAGAACAGCAAUAUAAGCACACUGAUCACUCUACAACAGACUCUAAAACCCCAGAGAGUCCAGAUAGCCAUCCCCUAUGCAGUUGGCACACACUCUGUGAAGCUUUUUGUGCAGAUGCCAGCAGACAGCUUUUAUGAUGGCAUCACCAUUACUUACCAAAAUAAUCAAUCCUGGUCGCCAGCAUACAAAGACAGCUCCAAACUGACAGUGGAAAAGCUGAUUCCAGGGACGCAGUAUGACUUUCAUGUUUUUGUGACCAGCAGAGAUGCGAGAAGUGAAGGUUUUGCUCUGCCACCCGUGAGGACCUGUUUGGCUCCUCCCACUCAUGUGCAUGCUGGUGUUGUGACCGACAGCUCCAUUGAAGUUCUGUGGGACAGAGCUGAAGGAGAAGGCCACCAUUAUGAGGCCUUGUGUAUGAACUGUGCUGAUAGUGUCAUGGUGCAGAAGGUUGUGGACACACGAGCAGUUUUUAAAGAUGUUAUCGCAGGAAAGCUGUGCAACAUUUCAGUCAGAACCGAGAAGGAGUUUUUCAGAGAUAGUCCUGCCGUGAUCGUCACCAUCAGAGCUGCUCCCAGUUCGGUUAGUUUGCUGCCGUUUCAGAGGACAUCAGUGUCUCUCUGCGUGCGCUGAGGGCCGACCGGGGGGGUCACAGACUCAUUCAUGCUGUCCAUCAGAAACUCAACCUUUAUCUUGCACGCCAAUCAGAGUGCGUCUGAUGACAGAAUAUACCAAUUUGACAACCUGUUGCCUGGAAGUGUGUACACUGUUGAAGUGAGCAGUGUCAGUGGAGAUAGACGAAGUGUUCCUGCUUCUGCAACUGCUAACACACUUCCAGAAGCUCCUGAUGACCUCAUAUUCAUUGAACAGGAAGUGAACAGCAUGUUUGUGAUGUGGACACGCCCACCGGGCAGAGUGGAUGGGUACAGGUUUCGAUAUGGACUCGCAGAUCACCAUCCUCUCCAGCACCAGCUUGAUCUUCAUGAAAGCAGUGUCAGCAUUCAUGAUUUGACCCCAGGAAGUGAUUACAGCUUUGAUAUCCAGUCCUUCCUAGGGUCCGAUUUCAGCCAGACCACAUCCAAAAACAUCUCUACAAAACCAGCCGGCGUCUGUUCGCUCUCUGUGUCUGAUGUAAAUGUCACAUCCGCCACAGUGUCCUGGGCUGCAGCCGCUGGAGGUUUUGAUUUUUAUAGAGUGACGGUCAGAAACAGCUCUCAUAAGUGGACAAUAGAUGCGAGUCCACACUUGCAGGAGGUCACAGUCAGCGACCUGUGGAGCGGCUGCUCAUACAACACCACUGUACAGAGAGUCAGAAACGCCAUCAGUGGAGCCGCUGCCACCAUCAACAUACAUGCAGUGCCUGCCAGUCCUGAGGGCCUGCACGUGAUAAGUGUGUCACCUCGCUCUUUCUCACUCCACUGGUUGGCAUCACCUGGAUGUGAGAAGACGUACCACGUCCAACUUUAUCCUGACCACGGCAAUAUCAACAUCACCACCAACACAGCGGACAACACUGUCCAGGCUCAAGUGUCCAGCGUAACCCCAGGAACGUCCUACACCGUGACGAUCAAUGCAGUGGCUUCAUCAGGCUUCAGUUCUCCUGUCAGCCGAAUACUGACCACUCUACCAGCGGCCCCUUCUAAACCCGAAGGCGAGCGGGUCGGUUCCACCGGGAUCCUGCUGUCCUGGCGGAUGCCGAUGCCUCUCGACCCCUCCAUUCACUCAUUUGUCAUCAGAUAUAAGGAGAUGUGUCCUUAUCCAGACCCCAGCUUCAUGGAGAUCACCAAGAGCUUGGACAUCCCAGAAACCCUGCUGAACACACUCACGCCUGGAGCCACAUACAACAUCAAGGUUGCGGCAGUGAAUAAAGCAGGAGUUGGACCAUUUAGCCAGUCUCUGUACUACAAAACAGCAGAAGCCCCCCCUGGUUUGGUGUCGAAUCUCACAGCGUUUGCUGAGGAUCACACAUCAGUCAUUGUGACCUGGUUUCUCCCUGUACGUAUUAAUGGCCUCAUCACUAAGUUUGCAGUGAAAGUCAAGCAUGCUCGAACAGGCCAGAUCGUCCGCACGAAGGAACUCAAUGCCGAGGACAUCAUGAAUGGAGCUUUGCCUCACUGCAACGAUGCAGCAGAUAUUUUAUCCCGUGGGACUCCGAGUCCAUCCCAGACUUCCCAGCUAACAUCUGCUGUGUUGCCCACGAUUACGCUGUCAGCAGUUCCACCUGCCUCCAUCUGGAGUGUACCAAUCAGUGUGAAGAUUGACGAGCUCCGCCCCUACACUCCUUAUGUGUUUGAAGUCUCCGCCUUCACCAGUGACGGGGAGGGGCAGAUCGCCAGCACUAUGGUCCGCAUGCCAGAGGCUGCCCCUGAAGACCCACCGCAAAAUGUAGUUUUAAGAAACAUCACUUCUAAAUCUGUGUCUCUAACUUGGGAGCCUCCAAAGAUCACCACGGGACGCUUCAGUUACGUUAUCCAGCUUCACAGCUCUGAAGGGUUGAUUAGUGAGAACAGCACAAUCGAUCAGAUGUUUAUUUAUACUGGACUGACUCCAUACACACAAUACUACAUCCAUGUGAUGGCCAAAUCAGCAGGUGCCACAGGACCAGCAGCAGUGAUCAACAUUACAACACUAGCAGAAGCCCCGAGCGCUGUGUCUCAUCUGAAAGCAGAGGCUGUGGACUCCACAUCAGUCCGUCUGUCCUGGAGAUCCCCGAUCCAACCCAACGGACUGAUCACUCACUAUCGCAUUCUGGUGCUGUACCACGGUACACUUGUACAGGACAUCACCCUGAGAGGACAGAAUCCCCUUUCUCCACUUCGUCGCAAUGCAAGGUCACUUGACUUCACCACAGCAUCUGUGUUUACUCUGACCUCACAUGAAACAUUUUCCACUCUGGGUCGUGAUUUUACCAACACUGAUGCAGAACCAGCAUCUGCCCUUCCUCUGACCCCGAGCACCCCACACACUCCUCCACCGUGGCUCACAGUGACCCACGGCAGAACCGAUGCAUCUGUUACCACAGAGACUGAAGCUGCAACUGAAGACCUGACGACUAAACACCCACCUGUCACUCCAGGCACUGACCAAUCAUCAGCUGUGAACAUAAGCCCCUCCCACCCACAUCGCAUCACCAGGUCGACUGGCUCAGACUCCACCCAGCAGGAGACCAACCCUCCAAUCAGUGCUGCCACCACCAUCGGCAUAGAGAUCCUACCAGCCACUGAGGUGUCAGCAGACCUGUCAUCUGAUCAAAUCACGCAUGUGGUUCGAAGAUUGAGUCCAUUCACUGAAUACCAAUUUAGUGUGUCUGCAAAAAACAUCAUUGGGGAAGGACCUUCCACCGAAGUUACAGUGAAAACAAAUGAACAGGUGCCCAGCUCUGUUCAGAAUGUGUCCUAUCAGAAUCUGACGUCCACAUCCAUCCGUGUUUCAUGGGAGCCGCCGCUGAACCCUAACGGCAAGAUAACUCACUAUGCUGUGUAUGCACAAAAUCUGCUUACAAACCAGGAGUUACGACAGAUGACGGACACCACCACUGCUGUGCUCACAGGUCUGGACAAGUACAGCAGUUAUAAGGUGCGAGUGGCGGCGUCCACUGCUGUGGGGGAAAGUCCUCUAACCAAUGAAGACUACAUCUAUGUUGUGACACUAGAGGAUGUGCCGGAUUCGCCCCCGCGGGGUCUGACCAUAGUGAAAACCACCUCCUCCACUGCCACGCUCUCCUGGUCUCCACCCGAGAAGCCCAACGGCAUCAUCCGCCUCUAUGAGAUCUCCUACACCAACGGCACUUACAGCAACACAGUCAACAGCACAUCAGCCAGCGCAACGCUCCGAUAUCUGAAGCCACACACACACUACAAUGUGACUGUCCGUGCAUUUACACUACUCGGACAUGGAGAGCAGAUUUCUGAAACACUACAGAUGCUGUCAGGAGAGGAUGUGCCUGGCAGUCCGCCUUAUGAUCUGUCCUACGAGAGCAUCGGCUCCAGCUCAGUGAACGUGUCCUGGUCUCCCCCGCUCCUCGCAAACGGAGUCAUCCUCUUCUAUAAUGUGGAAUACUGGAAUGCCACACACAGCCUAAACCAAACCACACACAUGCCGCACAUCGUCCUGUCCAACCUGCGAAAAUAUGCACACUACCGCAUCAGCGUGCAGGCAUCCACGCAGGUGGGCAUGGGCAACCACACCAGCGAGAUCCUCAACAUCACCACACUGGAGGACGUGCCGAGUGGUCCCGUCCACAACCUCAGCGCCACCAUCUACAGCUCCACGGCGGUGGUGAUCAGCUGGGAUCCUCCUCUGGAGCCAAAUGGCAGGGUUUACUACCAGCUAAGCUUGCAGGAGGCGGGCAUCACCCACCCGUCUAUCAACCGCACAGUCAACAUGACCAUCACCAAAACCACCACCGACAACAUCUACCUCUUCACCAAGCUCAGAAAGUAUUUUCCCUACAUCAUAAACGUCACUCCAGCGACCAGUGCAGGAUCUGCCGUAAACCACACUGCAAUGCUACACCUGCGAACAGAUGAAGAUGUUCCGAGUUCUCCUCCAUUGCCUGGAUCGAACAGGAAUCUCUCCAGCACCUCCAUCCAAGUGUCGUGGUCUUCCCCGGUGGAGGCUAAUGGCGAGAUUAUAGAGUACGCUGUACUUUUACAGGGUCCUGGCAGCUCCAACAAAAACUUCACCUCUGAAACACAUCUGGUGCUGUCAGAACUCACUCCGUUUACACCGUACAAUCUUUCCAUCGCUGCGGUCACUCGCGUCGGUACCGGCCCCUCUGUGGUUCUUCCACUACAUACUGAUGAAGCAGGCCCGAUGUCUCCACCACACAAUCUGACUAUAUUUAACCACACUGCAAAUUCAGUGUGGCUUCAGUGGGAACCCAGUCCAGAGCCGAAUGGAGUUGUACAGCACUACGGAUUCAGAAUACUGGAACUGAACACAGACUCUUUCAGAUACCAGAACUCAUCAGAUGCGUCCACACAAGCAGAACUGAGUGGCUUCAGACCUCAUAAUUCAUAUGAAAUCAGUGUGUGCACAUUCACUAGAGCAGGAAAUGGAGAUCAGUACAGCCUGCCUGUCUUAUUCACCACCAAUGAAUCAGUGUCAGACGCUGUUGGGAAUCUGAGCUGCUCUGGAUUGGAUUGGGAUUCAGUCUACAUGGAAUGGGAGCUCCCGGAUCACCCUAAUGGAGAGAUCCUGUAUUACCUCAUUCGCUCUGGGGAUCUAGAGGAAGAAGCUCAUCCUGUGGUCCUCACACACACAGUAGCACACACACUCAUGGGCCUUUCACCUCACGUUUUCUACCUCAUCACUGUAGCUGCAGUAAAUUCAGCCGGUGUGGGAGAAGCGGCAAACUGUACCGCACACACUCCACCAGAGUCAGUUCCCGGCCCCUCCCAUUCCCUGACUGUAACGGACGUCACCUCUGACAGUGUGUCUGUAAGCUGGCAGCGUCCCGUUCAUGUUCCAGGUCUUCUCCAGGGUUAUAAUAUAGAGAUCGAGCAGUUAUCUAGAAACUGUGAGCGGCAGCAGCACAUGGAGUCCUGUGUGGAGGCUCAGCUCUUGAAGUGGAUUGAAGGAGAAACCAGUAGAGCAACACUGACCUCUCUGCUCAAAUACAGAGAGUAUCGUAUCAGAGUGGUGGCCUUCACCAGAGCUGGAGCCGGAGAGCCUUCUGAGUGGAUUUACACGCAGACACUCGCAGGAAACCCUGAUGCCCCUCCUGGCGCUAUCUCAGUGGUUCCUUCUGCCAAUGGGUUGAAGAUUGAGUGGGACGAACCAUUCGUCAUCUCGGGGCCCACAUCAUACAUCAUCGACAUCACUGCUUUGGAUGGUUCAGGUUAUAAUAUAACUUUAGUGCGGCAUUCAGAAGAGAUCAGGACAGUGAUUGUCGGGAACCUGAGUGCAUUUACUCUGCACUCUGUUACCAUCACCGCCUUCACUGGACCGCUUGCCAGUGCUCACAGAGACGGCAAAGCAUCUGAACCUGUCCUCAUCAGAACCUUGGAGGAUGAGCCCAAAGAUCCUCCAAAAAACGUGACAUUGACAGUGAUUCCAGAGGAGGUGACGCGUGUUUAUGUAACGUUCUCUCCACCGGAUGAGCCGAACGGAAACAUCAGCGCAUAUCGUGUCGACAUCUACCGCAACGGGCAGCUGGACUUCUUCAUCAACAGCCUGUCUGUGAUCAGCAACCCAAAUAAUACUAUGACAGCUGUAAUUGAUGGACUAAAAGGGGGAUUCAAUUACAGCAUAAGGAUAGCAGCUGUAAAUGGAGCAGGUUUUGGACCAAGUUCGGAGGUUCAUGUCACCACAGGUGUGAAAGCUCCACCUAAACCAAAGAAAAUGCCACGGGCAGCUCUGAACAGUGCUGGUGUCAUCAUCUCAACCUCCAAGACCAUCACCAUCGAAAUGCCUGAAUGUUUCUUCAAUGAUGACUAUGGACCAAUCCAGAAAGUCCAAGUCAUAGUAUCUGAACCCGCAGUGAUGGACUACGGUAAUCUGUCCAACUGGAAGAGUGUUUUCCUCCACCCCACUGCUCCAUACCUGACAGACGAGGGCUUCCUGAACCCAGAGUGCCCUGAAAAAUCUGAGCGCAUGAGCUUAAACACUAAGACAUAUGUUAUAGGAGAAGACGAGGACUGCCUGUCUGAAGAUGCAAAGACGCUUUGUAAUGGACCUCUCAAACCCAAAACACAUUAUGUGUUUAAAUUUCGAGCGACAAACAUCCGUGGGCAGUUCACAGACUCUGAAUACUCAGAAAAAGUCAGAACUGCAGAUGACCGCUUGCUUACCAGAGAUGAGCAGAUCAUCCUUGGAGUCCUGCUGUCAUUUUUCCUGGCGCUGUUUUUAAUUCUGAUUAUAUAUGGAUCUGUGAAGAUCCACCGGAGGAAGAAGGAAGGAGGGACAUAUUCGCCGCGGCAAGCCGAGAUCAUUGAGACAAAAUUCAAGCUGGAUCAGCUCAUAGCAGUGGCCGAUCUGGAGCUCAAAGAGGAGAAGAUUAACCGGCUGCUAAGUUACAGGAAAUCCCUCAAGCCAAUCAGUAAGAAAUCAUUUCUUCAGCAUGUGGAAGAUCUUUGUGCCAACGACAACGCCAAGUUUCAGGAGGAGUUUGCUGAGUUGCCGAAGCUGCUGCAGGAUCUGGCCACAUCAGACGCUGACCUGCCUUGGAAUCGCUCCAAAAAUCGCUUCACAAAUAUCAAGCCUUAUAACAAUAGCCGAGUGAAGUUGCUGUCUGAGCCAGGAAUGCCGGGUUCUGACUACAUCAAUGCCAGCUUCGUCUCUGGCUAUCUGUGUCCUAAUGAGUUUAUAGCCACUCAGGGCCCUCUGCCGAGCACCGUCGCAGACUUCUGGAGGAUGAUAUGGGAAACCGGGACUAAAACCAUCGUCAUGCUUACUCAGUGCUUUGAGAAGGGCCGGAUCCGCUGUCAUCAGUACUGGCCAGAGGAUAAUAAGCCAGUCACUGUUUUUGCUGACAUCAUAAUCACUAAACUCACGGAGGACGUGCGUCCCGAUUGGACGGUGCGGGCACUCAGAGUGGAGCGGCAUGGCAGCUACAUGAUCGUCCAUCACUUUAACUAUACCUCAUGGCCAGAACACGGCGUUCCUGAGUCCAGCUCCACACUGGUCCAGUUUGUCAAAGCUGUUCGCUCCAACAGAGGCCAUGAAAACACCACCAUCGUGGUCCACUGCAGUGCUGGUGUGGGCAGGACUGGAGUGUUUAUAGCACUGGAUCAUCUUAUCCAGCAUUUGCGAGAUCAUGAGUUUGUGGACAUAUUCGGCCUGGUCGCAGAACUGCGCAGUGAGAGGAUGUGCAUGGUGCAAAACCUGGCUCAGUACAUGUUUCUCCAUCAGAGCACUCUGGAUCUGCUGUCGGCCAAAGGAAACAGUCAGUCCAUAUGGUUUGUCAAUUACUCCGCUCUAGAGAAGAUGGACUCGCUGGAUGCAAUGGAGGGGGACGUUGAAUUGGAGUGGGAAGAGACGACCAUGUAGCCAGGACUCUUGUUCGCUGUCAGUUUUUGAUGGUUGUGAGGAAACAUGGGACACACGCUCGUGAAUCCGUACACAGACGCUGGGACUUUGGACCCUGGGGCCAAAACACACCGAGCAGAGGAUAAAGUGAGGAAUAGUUGAUUCAGAAGCAAACCGAUCGUCUCAUUUAUAUGCAGAAGACACUCUCAUCCGUCAAAGUUUUUGUUCAACGUCUGUAAUGGCUUUAUCUCUGCCUACAGUAGAAUACGGUACAACGCCUGCUUAAGGAAUCAAACCGGAUUAGACAGAAUUAUGUGUUGUUGAAGAAAGUACACAUUUUCAGCAGUCAGGAGUGAGAGAGAGGGCUUUUAUGUCCAGUAUUAUGCAAUGUAUUAUUAAACGCAAUUAUUAGGAAUAAGAGCUGAUAAUGUUUUGCGGGAAAUUAUGAGAUCAAUUUAAUAGGGUGGCAUUUUUUAUUUAUGUAAACUAAGCAUACCCACUCUACCAUCACUCAGUAAUACACACUCUGGGCAAAUUUACUACCAUUUCGUGAUG